AUGAGAGUUAGCAUCAUCGGCGCGACGGGCGAGACCGGCCAGUCCAUCAUCGACGGCCUCCUGAAGUCGACCGAGCCCAAAUAUGAUAUCAUGGCUCUCACUCGUCCUGCUUCACUGCAAAAGCCCGAGGUGCUGGACCUCCAGAAAAAAGGCAUCCACGUCGUCGCCGCUGAUCUUGAGGGUCCCGAAGAUGCGCUCACGGAGAUCCUCAAAGGCACAGAUGUAAUGAUUUCUGCCAUCAAUGCUGGCAAUCUGAUGGCUCAGAUUCCUCUGAUUAAUGCAUCCAAAGCGGCUGGUGUCGGCCGAUUUAUUCCUUGCUUUUUCGCCACCAUAGUCCCUCCCAAGGGCAUCCUGAAGCUGAGAGAUAUCAAAGAGGAUGUAUUGAAUCAUGUUAAGAAAGUGCGCCUGCCGUACACGACAAUCGAUGUCGGUUGGUGGUACCAAAUCACGCUGCCGCGUCUUGCAUCCGGUCGCAUCGAUUACGCAACCACAUUGGUAACUGAUGGAAUUGGAGGGGACGGAAACAUGCUGUCAGCUAUCACUGAUGUGCGUGACAUUGGGACAUAUGUUGCUCGGAUCAUUGCAGACCCCCGCACAUUGAAUCACAUGGUCUUUGCCUACAACGAGUUGAUCACUCAGAACCAAGUGUAUGACUUGUUGGAGAAGAUGAGCGGGGAGAAGGUCAAGAGAAACCAUAUAUCGGUUGAGGCAAUCAAGGCCGGGGUCGCUCAGAUGGAGGCUUCUAACCUGGGGCCGGAGUCACCAGAGUUCUACGAACUGAUCCGCUUUCAGUACUGGCAUUCUUGGGCUAUCCGUGGAGACAACACCCCCGAGUACGCGAAGUAUUUGGGUUACUUGAACACGAAGGACCUAUACCCGGACAUUGGGUUCAUUCCGUUCCAAGAAUAUGUGCAGGAGGUACUGGAUGGAAAAGGCAAGAGCGUCUACGAAAAGUCGGAGGAUUUGAAGCCACUCAAGGUUGAAUGA